GAGAGGAAUCCCCGCUGUGCCACAAAUGCGGCGCGGCGGAUGACACGGUGCAGCACACCCUCGCGGUCUGCACAGGCUGGGAGGAGCAGCGCCGUGUCCUCACUGCGGUCGUGGGCCGGGAUCUUUCGCUUCCGAGCCUGGUCAACGCCAUACUGGGAAGUGAAGGAUGCUGGAAGGCGGUCACCUCCUUUUACGAAGAGGUCAUGCUUCAGAAGGAGGCAGCGGAGCGUGAGCGGGAGAGCGAUCCUCUCGCCUCAUAGCUCCGCAGGCGGAGAAGGGGGUGGAGAAGGCCGUUGUACGACCGUUCUACUCUGCCCCAGGUGGCGGCCAGCAGGCCGGGGGUGCGGGGGCACCCUUGUCACCUCCGUCUGACGGGAAUGGCUUGGCGUUUCGGGCCAUUCCCGUCGGAUCCCCACAAGGGGGGCGUGUAGGGUCCGCCGUGUAGGUGAGCUGUCGUCAGUGGUGGUGUCGCGGAAGUCUAAGGCUACGGCCGGAUACUCGCGAUACCCCCACUUGGGCGAUGACAGAACGCCGCGGAGGUUUUAGUGGGUAUACCCCGUCCUUUUCAGGACGGAGCAGCGCCCUUUUUAGGGCGCCGGGAGUCCCACACACCACCCUGUCCCCCGGCAGUGGUGUCGGUGCGCAAAGCAUUUCCUCCGCGACAAAAAAAAUGGGGGGCCCGAAACGAGCUGUGCCUAGGGGCCCCGAGAUGGUUAAUCCGGCCCUGAUUACCGUCGCCAAAGACACCCGCUAUCCCAGGGGCUAUACAGGUGCGUUGCUGGCCUUUAAGUGAAGAUACGCUCUCUUCUUGAAAGUUUGCAGGUCGUAUCGAUUCGGAAACACCGCAGACGACAGUUCAUUCCACAGUUUGGUUGUACGGGGCAGGUAGUUUCUAGAGAAACGUACUGUUGUGGACUGCCAACUAUCUAAGUGAUGGGGAUGGAGGUGCUGAUAUACCUACGUUUAGGUUGACUGACAGUGUUACAGAUCAAAUUUUGUCCGCGACUUUGUACGCGUGGAUCCCGUUUUACCCCCUUAGGGGUGGAGUUUCGUAAAAUCUUUUCUUAGCGAAUGCCUACGUCAUAACAUCUACCUGCAAGCCAAAUUUCAGCCCGAUCCGUCCAGUGGUUUGGGCUGUGCGUUGAUAGAUCACUAUGUCAGUCAGUCAGUCAGUCAGUCAGUCACCUUUGAGUUAUAUAAUAUAUUUAGAAGAUACUUACCCUACUUUUGCGAAUAUAAUAUUUGAAUUUGAACAUUUACCGGUAGGUACAUACCUAGAUAAAAUACAGGAAAAAGUUCAUUAUCCUACUCGACUACCUAAUUAAUGUAUUAUAUAUAGCAUGCAAUAUAAAUUAUCAAUGAUAACCAAUAAUAAUAAGUUUUGACUAACUAAUUUAUACUUGCAACUUGUUAUUUGCUCUUAAUUAAGUAGGUAACAUGUGCUUGCGGUCCCAGUUUAGAUCGUGGUGUGGUAAUAACUACCACAGAAUAAUAGUCCUUCUUGGUUAAUACUCAUUGAGUUGAAUGAACUUGAGUGAUGCUAGUAGGUAUUUUGACAAGGCAACUAAACGCACGAUCUUGGGGAGGUCAUUAGAUGUAGAUCGCAGGAACAAGAGACGUCCCCCUACACUGCCCUGCGAUAUUAUUAAUUAAUUAUUCCUAUAGCCCUCUCUCUCACAAUCGACAUGUGGCUUAAGACACCUAGGCGGUAGAGUGGAACAGAACAACGGCACCCACCAGCUCGCCAGGGGCGCCAGGGUGGCCGGCUGGAGUGGCUGGAGCACGCGCGUCAUUCUCGCGCUCGCCAGUCGCGUCGCGACGUCCGCAGCCGCCGCCCGCUCGCCCGCGCACGCGCUCGCAUCGGCGCCGCCGGCUCCGCAACAUGCCACGAAACGACGAGGACGGAGGUGGAGGUGGAGGUGGAGGCAGGGGGACGGGCGCGCGCGCGUGGGUGGUGCGCUGGUGGCGCGCGCUGCUGGCCGAGCUGCUGGCCACGGCGCUGCUGGUGCUGCUGGGCGUGGCCACGCUGGUGGUGGGCCCCGCGCCGCUCACGCACCCCGCGCUGGCCUUCGGCUUCGUGGUGCUCAUCAACGUCGUGGCCUUCGGGCCCGCCUCGGGCGCGCACAUGAACCCCGCCGUCACGCUGGCCGCGCUCGUCUGCGGCAAGAUCGCCUGGGCGCCCGCGCUCGCCUACGCAGUGGCUCAGAUGCUGGGCGCGACGCUCGGGUUCGGCGCGCUGCUGGCGCUGGUUCCGACGGCGGCGGCGCCCGCGGGCUGCACGCGCUCGCCGCUGGCGCCGGCCGCCGCCGCCGCCGUGGAGGCGCUGCUGACGGGCUCGCUGGCGCUCAUAGCGGCCGGCGUGUGGGCCGAGCACGACGAGCGCCGCCCCGACCGCUCCGUGCCCAUCAAGUUCGGGCUCGCCAUCGCCGGGCUCGUCUACGCUGGGGGUCCACUAACAGGCGCCAGUCUCAACCCAGCCAGAAGCUUCGGACCAGCUCUCAUACACGGAUUCUGGAAGGAUCAUUGGGUGUACUGGGUGGGCCCGCUGGGCGGCGCGGCGCUGGGCGCGGCUCUGCACCGCUGGGUGCUCACGCCGCCGCCGCCCGCGCCCGCCGCGCCGCGUCCCGAGCAGCAGCCGCUGCAGGACAAGGUCUGAGCUCGAGCCCGCUCUCCGCUCCGCUCCAAUUUUUGUUUCUACUCGUUUACAUCGACUCAAGCUCAUAUUGCACAGUACGGAACUACUCAAAAUAUUUAUACAACCGCUGACAGGAAACUGCAAAAUUACAUUUUGGGUGAUGUGAAUUAAAAUACGCCACUGACCCGAAUUCUCUUCUCGUGCGUCUGAAAAUCCGAGAAGGUGUAGCUUUAAGUGUGACUCCACUGCGCCGCUCGACGCUCACUCAUUGCGUCGCAGCGGUGAACGAGUGAAACGAUCAUGGUGUAACCUUAUGUAACCUAGUUGAACGACGUUGUAAAUAUAUUGUAUUUUUACAUAAAGUUAUUAAUGUGUUUAUUUUACACUUUUUUAGUGUUUCAGGUACCUUUAAUCCAAUUUAGUUAAGCAAUAGGGCUUAGGGUGGAAAAAGAAAUAUUAUACCUCAUAAAAUGCUCACUAGUCCAGUCAUUUGGUAGUUUUACCUGGAAAGUUUUCCGGGAGUAAUGAAUAUUGGUAUUUAUAUAGAUUUCGAUGUGGUCUUUACGAAUGUUUUCCAUGAAUAAUUGUGAAUAUUAUUUUAAGAUAUUAUUACUCAAAUAUUCAAUGAAAAAUAUUACACUAAUAUUGUGUGGCUGGCAUACAUUUAGUAUGGAAGCUUGAAACAUUUUCGGACAGAUCCUGUUUAUUCUGUAACCUAUUAUUGGUUUGGUACCGUUUGAAAGAGCUCGUGAAGCACUUUCAGGAUCAGUAACUAGUUUUUUGAUAUCUUGUAUAGUUUAGAUAUAAUAGAGUGAGAUCACUUAUUGUUUUCACCCCGUAUAAAUACCAAUUUUCAUUAUUCCCGGAAAUUUUCCAGGUAAAGCCAUUAUUUUGUACCAAAUGACUGGACUACACUAGGUAAGUACUUGCACAAAUAACAUGACAUACAAGUAAGUUGUGGAAGCAAUAAAGUUUGUUAGUAAAAA